UAUAAAUAAUAUUUGCGUCUGUACUUGUAUGUGUAAUGAAGAAUAAAUAUGGUAGAAAAAAGAAAGUAAAAGAAUUAGGAAACAUAGGCAAGAGAUGAAUAAGAAAAAGGAGGAAAGGGAAGUGCUGGGAAUUGAAGGAAUGAACGGGAAUGGGAAAGGGGAAAAGCCGGGAAAGACUUGAAUAAGACGAAAUGACAGCCGUUUAUUUGACGAUGCAAUAAAUACACAGGUAGCCCAAUAUAUCAAAUGAGGGAGACUGAAAGAUAGUCUCGCAGAGUAAUAAUAGCCGAAACCGAUUUUACUCCGACUUUGGAACAGCCAGUGAUUAAUUAUUUAUAAUUAAACUACUAUCGCACCAAAUAAGGGAAUUAAUUAGAAUGAUUGACAGCUAAUUAUGACGUCAUAAUCGCGCGCGAUGACGUUUAUUUAAUUAGAAACAAUUUGCGCGGAAAUCAUUUUAAUCUGACCACACUCGAGACAAGACUAUCCAACAAAUUUUUUGAAAGAAUUCGAAAAUGGCCCGAGCAAAAUCCAGAAAGGGAAGUGCAAAGAGGGCAAGAAAGGUUGCUGUGACGACCGACAUGAUUGUGAAAGCAGUUGAAGCCCUUGGAAGUCGUGCGGGAUCAAACUACAAGGAGAUCUUCAAGUAUCUCCAGAACAACUCCAACAUCCGCGCGUCUUCAGCGUUGGCUGUCAAAGUUGCUAUUUCUCGAGGAGUCAAGACCGGUGCGCUAAUCAAGCGUGGUACUUUUUUUAAAGUUCCAAUAGCAGCUGCUGCUAAACGACCGACUAAAAGACGACGAAGGUCAGCAAAGCGCAAGGGAAGAAAGACUGCCAAGAAAGGAAGAGGAAGAAGAGCGCGCAAGGCUUCGGUCAAGAGAAUCACCAAAAAAUCCAAGGCCAAAUCAAGACGCCGAAAGGGAAGGAAGGCAAGGAAACCAAGAGCUGGAACAAAGCCCAGAAAAUCGAAAGCGUUUACCAAGCGAUCAAAAACGAGGCGCAGGACUCCUACCAAGAGAAGAGUUUCCAAAGCGCGACCAAAGUCAAGAGGAAAGUCUGGACGCCGCCGCCGUUAAAUGCCUGCAYGACAACGAACUUUUAACUCAAACUUAAUCUCUCUGUUGCUUUUUACCAGGAAUAUCUAUAUUGGAUCUUGAAAGGAAAAUGUUGUCAAGAAAACUUAUUGUUGGAAAAAGAAUAAAGGCAUAGGAAUACUAUGUUGUUAGUUAACGUUUUCAUAACUAAAGUAGACUUGAAGGAAGGAAGAAAGAGAAAGAUAGAGGGGAAAAACAGGGGAUAAAAGGAAAUGGAAAACGAAGAUAAGGAGAAGAAAAAU